AUGCCAAUUUCCUCGCUGUUCGAACGACCCCUGCGCACGACAUGGAAUGCAACGGGAAAUUUAACAGAGACUCUAUGGUGGCCAGGUUUAAGAGAGAAAACGAACGAUCCGAAAGGAACACUAGUACUGUUUAUAAUACCAGGGAAUCCCGGUGUGAUUGAGUAUUACAAAGAAUUCUGCGAUAAUAUUUUUCGGGAGCGAAAAGGAAAAAUUGAAAUUGUUGGAGGCCACUCGUAUGGUGACCAUUACCAAGGAAAUAGCAGAUUAUACAGUUUACAGGAUCAAAUUAAUCAUAAAAUUGCGAUAUUUGACGAGUUGGAAAGGAAAUUCACGAGUGAACACGGUCACAACGUUGCUCCGAGAUUUAUUUUAUGCGGACAUUCUAUUGGAGCUUAUAUUGCUACACAGUUGUUAAGAUCUCGCCCAGAUCACGGGAUAAUACAAGUAUAUGCCCUCUUUCCAACUCUCCAACACAUACACAAAACUCCAAAUGGUCGCCUGCUGUCUCCUCUCUUCCAUCCAACAAAUACAACCCUUGCCUCAUCUUUGAUCGCAUCUCUCCGAUUUAUCUUGGCUCCACAUAUACUCACACUCUUGGUCAAACUAGUAACAUCACAAUCCGUCGCCUAUGCCAAAAUAACAACGCAAAAACUUCUCCAUGGGCAUGUAGUGAAGAACACUUUGCACAUGGCAAUGACAGAGAUGCAAGAAGUCCAAGAGUUGGAUGAAGAGUUGAUCAAAGAGAAUUUGGAAAAGUUUGUGUUUUAUUUUGGGGAAAGGGAUGAUUGGGCGCCAGUCGAGCAUUACGAGAUUCUUUGUAAAAAGUUUCCAAACGGAAAAGUUUUAAUUUGUGAAGAUGGAUGUCCGCAUGCUUUUGUCUUGACUCAUAGCGAGAUAAUGGCUGCAAAAGUGUCCCAAUGGAUUGAAGCGCAUGAAGCUACCACAUGA